UUUCUUCAACAUUUGAGACUAGGGUGCAAAAAGUAAACAUAGCACACAUGCAUCCAAAAAGUUCGCGGUUGUUUCUAGAAAAUUCGCCAACUUUCCUACCUUUUCCGGUAGUAGUAUUAUUUAACAAAUAAUCACAGCGUAAUCAGCACCUGUUUUCAAUCAUCGAUUGAAUUGAAUCCCUAAUAAUAUUUCUACUUCGUAUAAGAUUAUUAAUCACAUGUCUCCGUACGACGGCGUCGUCAUCGGAAAAUUGAAACUCAAGGGAAAACCAUUGAAUGUCAAAGAUGCUUCUGGAAUCAAAAAGAAGAACAAGAAACACAACAACAAUAAUAGCUAUCAUCAUUACUUCUCAGAGUUUAAUUCAGGUAACCAUGAAGGUAGCGUGACCGAGGCUGACAAGUAUGAGGGCAAAGGAAACGGCGCAUCUUGUGAUGAUCACCUAACUCCAGCUGAGAAGCGAUUUCUCCAACAGACGGAGAAGCUCGAACGUCAAAGGCUAGCAAAGAUGGCGAACCGAUCUCAUCGAGAUAGGAUUCAGCAGUUCAAUCAAUAUCUGGCUAAUCUUAGUGAGCAUUAUGAUAUCCCAAAAGUUGGACCUGGCUAACACAAGCACUUGGAUUCAUGUGUGUUGGAUGACACCUCUAUCCAUUUGUUCACUUCUUUUUGAAAGUUUAAUUGUUCGAUUCUAAUUUCUAGUAGCCAGUAUCUGGGUUGGUUUCCCCUGUCGAUGUGGUUAUAAAAGCAAUGCUACUACAGUUGCAUGCUACUACAGUUGCAUUACU